AUGUCGGAAAUCUCGGACUACCUCCCUUCAUAUGCCUCCUACAACUGGACUGGCGCUCCAGCCGAUUUCACCCUCGCCACCAACUCGGACAGCGGUGGUGAUUCGAGAACCGAAAAUUUGAACAAAUGGUACCAAUCCGGCGACACUGCCUACAUCAUUCUCUCCUCAUGUCUCGUCUUGAUCAUGGUACCGGGUCUGGGAUUCCUCUACUCUGGUCUCGCACGCAGAAAGUCCGCUCUGUCCAUGAUGUGGGCUUGUAUGGCUGCCGGCAGUGUGAUCAACUUUCAAUGGUACUUUUGGGGCUAUUCUCUCACCUUCUCCGCUUCUGGAACGAGCGGCUUUAUUGGUGAUUUGCAUCAUUUUGGUCUGAAGCAUGUACUGGGAGCCCCCAGUCCUGGUUCGCCUCUUGUUUCGGGCCUGCUUUACUCCUUCUACCAGAUGCAGUUUUGCUGUGUUACUGCGGCUAUCGUUGCCGGUGCUGUCGCUGAGCGAGGCCGACUCCUACCUUUCCUCGUCUGGACUUUCCUGUGGGCAACUCUGGUCUACAAUCCCAUCGCAUGCUGGGCGUGGAAUGUCAAUGGCUGGGCAUACAAAUAUGGCGUCAUGGAUUAUGCCGGCGGCGGUCCUGUCGAAAUUGGCUCUGGUCUCUCUGCUUUGGCCUACUCAAUGGUCCUCGGAAAGCGACAGGAGAAGAUGAUGCUCAACUUCAGACCUCACAAUGUGUCCUUCAUUCUGCUUGGUACGGUUUUCCUGUGGUUUGGCUGGCUCGGAUUCAACGGCGGUUCAUCUUUCGGUGCAAAUCUGAGAGCUGUAAUGGCUUGCUGGAACUCCAACUUGACUGCCACUUUUGCCGCCGCCACCUGGGUUCUUCUUGAUUUCAGACUGGCCCGAAAGUGGUCCAUGGUUGGAUGGUGUUCAGGCACCAUUUCAGGAUUGGUCGCAGCUACUCCAGCAUCCGGUUAUCUCGAGACCUGGGGAAGUGUGGCUCUCGGUAUCACGACCGGUGUUGUUUGCAAUUUUGCUACCAAGAUCAAGUUUUGGAUUAGAAUCGACGAUUCCAUGGACGUGUUCGCUGAGCACGGUGUCGCCGGUAUCGUUGGGUUAAUUUUCAAUGCACUUCUUGGUGUCGACUAUAUCGUCGGUCUUGAUGGUGUCAAUACCGGUGGCGAGAACCCCGAAACUGGCACUGCAAUCGGUGGAUGGCCUAUCGGCAACUAUCGCCAACUGUACAUCCAGGUCGCUUAUAUUGUCGCCUGCUCCGCCUACGCAUUCGUGGUCAGCGCAAUUCUUGCCUAUGCCGUCAACUUCAUUCCUGGCCUUCACCUGAGAGCGUCUGAGGAAGCUGAACUUCUUGGUAUGGAUGAUGAUCAACUAGGUGAAUUCGCCUACGAUUAUGUUGAGGUUCGACGUGAUUACCUCGCCUGGACACCUUCAAGCAAAGAUCAGAAUGGAGUCGACCCAGAUCUGCCUCAAGAACAUCGCCAUGGAAUCGAGGAACAUUCAAAACUGAUCAAGAACAGCAACGAUGCUAGCUCAAGUUCCAACAACGCCGAGGGCUCUCUUCCGGCCCAGGGAGACCGCCAUGCAGUUGCUGUCGAGGACCAGGAAAAGGCUCAACAUCUCACCGAACGUCCAGAGUAA